UGGGACGCGAAUCGGAAUUUUACAACAUGGCUGCCGAAUGAGAUCAAAGUUGCGGUGCUACACAUUAGGAAAAAUGUAUUUUUCUUAGCCUCUGUAAAGAUAAAAUAAGCAUAAUUACGUAUAAAUUGAUAAAAGACGCGUUAAACGUUGAGCCGAGGGUGCGUCGGUGAUCUAAAUAUGAUUAAAUCUGUGUCUAAUAGUGAGUUGAAGGUGACACCCCGCAAUACUGUAUGGAGUUCGGGAACGUAUGGCAGAGACUAGGGGCCGAGAUAAGAGGGCCCUGGUUCUCCUAAACGUUUUACGCUUCUCGGCUAACCUUCGCGAACUAAUUAGCGAUGCUGUGCGCGUCCCAUGUGAUUCGCUAAAACAUCAAAAACAAUUGAAACCUAUGCUGGUUAGUCGCUUCAGAUUUUGUUAAGAAGAUAAUAAGCGACGAGAAGUGAAAAAAAAAAACUCAAUGGUUUCCUGACAUGAUGGAAAGCAAGUUGUAUGUGAAAAAUGAGCCGGGACUAGAGGGGCAAUCGCUGGUGAAUCCGGCCUGCGUGUCACUGAUGUCAGACGAGGGGGGAGGACCCAGGAUUUGUUUUGUUUGCGGAACCCUGGGUCACAGUGAGCAAUACUGGCUCAGAGUAAAACCCAGUAUAGGCGCUUCGCCCAGCGAACCAUAUUUUCCAUUUUUGGAGUCUCACGAACCGCCGGCUGGCUACAGAGGCGAAGGGGUUAGGAGCGGCGCCAUAAAAGUCUGUAGUCUCUGCUACGCUCUACUCUUGCAGCAAUGGGACAGCUACGAGAGAGACGCCAGGCCCCACAACCAGAGGGUUUACUGGCUGAAGCGGUGCGACGGAGGUCCUUUUACUGGAGCAGAAAUGGCACUCCAGGGGGAAUACGCGGCGCAAGUUUUGGGGCUCACUAACGAACAGCCGACGACGCAGACAAGGCAGGAGAGUCGGCCGGUCGGCGUGUCCCCAAGAUUACUGCCAAAUUCCCCCUCGCCCAGAGUCGAACAGUCUAGACCACCGUCUAAUUCCGUUGAACUGCAAAGGCCACAUUCUAACGCUGCCGAAUCGUCGAGACAUCUUGAACAAGCAAGACUGACCAUGGAGUCACCUCAUCAAAGACUACAGUCACCGCAUCAGAGGCUACAGAGCCCUCGACAAGUCGUCGAUGAAACUAGACUCUCCAACGAGGCAGCAUUAGAUUUAAGACAUGCUCCCAGAAGCUCGCCAGCACCGCAACCUAGUCUACCACCUCAACCGCAAGCUAUCUAUAGUGGCGGAUCGACGUCCAGCGUCGGCACUGAUAUAUUAGAUUUAUCAAUGCCUGACAAAAACUCAGUGACCGAAGUCUGUUACGUUUGCGGAGAUGAAUACAAGAGAGGUUCCCUAAGCCACAUUGCGGCCAAGCCGCUGCCGACUCCUCCACAUCCUGCUACCAGCCCGCCACCAUUUUUUCCAUCACUAAUGCUUCAUCCAAGACCCAGCAGAAGUCGGCCAAUGGACAGCGCUGGACGAGUGCAGGCUUGCUCGGCGUGUCAGAAUCACCUUUUAUUGCAAUGGAAAGCUUACACCCGACAGGGUGUACCUCACGGGGAGAGAAAUUACGCGCUGAGAAAACGACACGCUCCUGCAGUCGACACUACGACAUUCAUAUGUUAUACGUGCGCCCUGGAAUAUCCGUCGUCAAGUAUAAGACUUUUGUACUGCUGUUCAAAUCCGGAAAAGGAAGCCUAUUUCCCAUUCAUAUGUUCUUUGAGGCCACCACCUGGUGCAAGUCCGAUAAGUCCUCAAGGCAUGGUGCAAGUUUGUUCUAUUUGCUACAAGGCCAUUCCUCAGAAACAGCAAGUUUUCGGAGGCGACAAUCACGAUGGGCAGCAACAUCCCGCCGCUAUUAUUUCACAACAAAACGAUCUCAGGCAGCAAGGUCUGUCACCAAGGCCGGCUGUCCCAAAAUCACCAGCUAAUUCUGCGGGAAGCGACAUCCGUUUUAAGCCAUAUGAUUUAAACAAAUCAAGCGCUGUUGCAAACAAACAGCGUAGCAUUAACAUAAAAAAUACCACGUCGAGGCAACGAAAUUCUCCUAGCAAUGGACCGGCAGAAAACGGCAAUGUUGCGCCGGGACAAAAUUAUCGGUGCUACAUUUGCGAAAGGCUCUAUCCUCGAAAUCACAUGGAAUGGUUAUCGACUAGUCCGGAAGGCAUGAACUCCCAUGCAAUGCAUUUUCCGUGUCUAAGAGGAAUGGCACGUACUUCCGAAAAUGCGUGCAUGGACAGUCACGGACGUGUCUUGGCAUGUAGUCAGUGCGUCAAUCACCUAUCUCAGCAGUGGGAGAGCAUGGAUGCCGAACGAGUUCCAUUAGAACGUCGGAGGUAUGAUAUUCCUAGCCCACAUCCAAACGGAGAUGUUGGUAGAUCGAUAGCAACACCGCCAAGUUUGAGUUCAGAUAGAACAUUCAGCAGCAUUCCCGGGACGUCGAGUAGUUCGAUCUACUGUUUUCUGUGCGGCCUACACAGCGAUCUCACCUUGGCAAGGGUUCUAUACGGGCGACCUCAGGGUCGAAACGCACCGUUCUUUCCUGAGCUUUUGCGCCAUCAGUCACCUCUGAACGCCGAACAGCUGAGGGAAGACGGCUCAGCGCUAGUCUGUACAUUUUGUUAUCAUUCUCUGCUCGACCAGUGGCGAAAAUACGAGAGUUUGUCGGGCGGACAGCAAAUUAACACUGCCGAGAGGCAGUACAAUACGCAUGAUUACUGUUGCUUCGUUUGCGGUAUUACGACUUAUCGGAAACGCGUCAGAGCGCUUCCUGUUAAAGACUUUGCCUUUCUGAAGAACCACAGACAGCCCGAGAAGAGCUUGUUAUUGGAAAAUGGUGACUUUGCCGUCGUUUGUCUCGAUUGUUAUGAGACGUUACGGACGCAGAGCCUCGAGUACGAAAGAUGGGGCUUGCCUGUCGAUAAAAGAGAAUAUAACUGGAUCGUUCAACCACCGCCACCUGAAAAUGGUCCUGAUGCAGCUGUCGCCAGAUUGCCAUCGGGAGAAAGAUCUGAAAAAGUGGUGCCGCAGACGCUUGCAACAAGGCCGGUGAGGAAAAACUGUUCACCUAAGGCGCCCGACAAGAAAGUUCCGGGAAAGUUGCCAGAAAAAGAUCAAGGACUUCAACCAGCCAGUAACAAGGGACAGCCACCAGCUCCAAUUGGUAAAUCACACAGACCGAGCCCUGGUGUAUUACCACAGGGUCAUACACCAGGACCUGGACCUGGGAACCAGCAGAGCAGUAGAAGUUUCGCAGCGGCGCUUCGAAACUUGGCGAAGCAGGCAGGACCAGCUCCGCAAGAAGAGGAACCGAGGGCUAGUCCAAAAAAUCGAGCUCCACCACCACUGGUGAGAGGACCAUCGCCUGCUAAGGAACGUUCGACGCAUGAGCGAAGGCCAGAGGAGAUUCCCUCGCUGUAUACAACUCCUCGACAAGCUGAAACUAGCAAACACAGCGUAACGGCUUCGACCUCCGAACUUCUGGCUAGGUCUGGUUUCCAACCGUAUCGGCCUGAGCAUCAUCCGGCUCAUGCACCGCCAGCAUUUGCUCUGGAUCAGACCUACAGCCCUUAUCAUCACGGUCUUUACCCGCCGCCACACCUGCAACACGCUUAUAGGUUAGAAGAUCAAAUGUACUUGGAAAGGUGUGGGAUGCUUAGACCGCCACUAUUUCCUGGGCUCCCUUCGUAUCCCUUUUAUGGACUGCGAUACAGCCCAGAAAUGUUGCCACCUGCAUCCCUAGGUCUGAUGUCGCCUGUAAUGCACGAGCGCUUGAAGUUGGAAGAAGAGCAUAGAAUUCGACAAGUGAGAGAACAAGCGGCGCUGCGCGAUGAGGAGGAGAGGAGACGGGUCGCUCGAAGUUCGGCCCCUGCUGCUCCCGUUCCCGUCCCUGCCCCUGCCUCAGCCGACACUGCAGCUAGGAAGCCGACCAUAGCGACUCAGUUGCAUAGCGAGCGGGAGAGGGAACGUGAACGCGAACGGGACCGGGAAAGAGAACGAGAACGAGAACGAGAACGAGAGCCAGAUCGUGAACGAGAAAGGGAAAAAGAAAGAGAAAGAGAACGAGAGAGAGACAGGGACAGAGAACGUGACCGAGAAAGAGGAAACAAUGUCAACAGUGGCCAUCACGUUACGAGGAAAGAAGACCCGCCUCCCCAUCCCACCGAUUCUACGUCCCUUUAUCACUCAAGACUCCCUUCUUUUCCCAGCCCUGCAGCACCACUUGGUCCCGCAUCACUCAGCUCCGCAUCCAUCUGUUCAGUCAGUUCCACUCCCAUGCCACCUCCACUGGGCUCGACAUUACCUCCUCUAAAUUUGGGACCUCCACCUAUAAGUUCAGCGACUAUAGGCCCACCUCCCCCAAUCCCCUCGAUAUCAUCGAUGCCAACUAUUCCCUCGAUACCUUCCUUGGCCCCCAGCAUUAUUGGGCCCCCGCCACCUCUCAGUCUGCCUCUAGCGCCAAUAAUUUCCAUACCUUCCAUACAUUUACCUUCCGCACCGUCAAGUACCAUUCAUUCUAGUCAGCACAUAACUACGAUAACGAGCGUUACUACAACCAAAACAAUGCAUCAUCAACGUACAAAUCCUAUUGGCUGCACCACGACAAAUUCGUCGUCUUUCGGCGGUACGACAACUACUCAUGCAACGCAUAUAUUAACAACGCCAAGUGCCGUUCCGCCAACGUUGAACAAUUUGGCGAACCAAUCGCCCAGUAUUCACAAAUCUUCUCCUCCUCCACCCCUUUCAAAUAAUUAUAGUUCUAGAAAUAAAGAUGUCCUGUCACAGCCGACCACGCCUCAGCCGGCGUUUGUCAGGCCUUUUGAGGACUCAUUUCGCGCUACUUCGAAACCACAAUUGAGACCCGUACUCAAUAGUCAUAAUCAAAAUGUCCCGAACCAAAUCAAUCAUCAAGAGUCAGUAGUGAAGUCGUCGUCGUCGUCAUCCUCGUCGAGUUUGUGUUCAACGACCCAAGCGGUCACCACACAGUCAAUCCAAGAUGGUUUGCCGGAAAAUGUCAGUAAAUCAUUGACGUCAUCUACGAAUCAUCAGCUCCCCUCCCAAUCUAUUCCAUACUCAACUCCGCAGUUUCAUCAUCCUCAUCUUCCUGUUCCUCAUGUCCCCAGCUUGUAUAAGCCACCUCAUUUCACCCCCCCUUCCACCCAUCAUCAACAACAACAACAACAACAACAACAACAACAACAACAACAACAACAACAACAACAACAACAACAACAACAACAACAACAACAACAACAGCAACAACAACAACAACAGCAACAACAACAACAACAACAACAACAACAACAACAACAACAGCAACAGCAACAACAACAACCACACCACCACCAGCAACAACAACAACAACAACAUCCUUCUAAUAAGUUAAAUAUUCCUAAUGUAAGCAUUAAUCAUAAUACUACCACAAAUAUUAGUAAUAAUACGAUUAGUACGAAACCGCCAACGCCGCACCAUGUAAGCGAAGCACUGCCAACAGCAGGCAACCUUCAGCGAACCGAUGUCCAAAUAAAUAUUAAUAAUAACUGUAUUACUAAUGAUAAAACUUCUGCGAAUGCUAAUUACUACAAUAAUCAUAUUAUGAGCGGAUCGAAAGCCAUUAGUCGGAAUUACAAAUGUAAUUUAGAAAACGUCCAGAGAGAUGUACAGAAGAAUUGUGCUGGAAAUAAUGAAAGAAACGAAAGCGAUCUAUCGCGACAUACACUGUUGAACCAAAAUCAUUCGACUAUCAAUACAUUGUUAUCGGAUAAAUCUCCUGUACUGUCGCAGUCAACUUAUGACCAUAACAACAAAGGGCCUACUUUUCAACCCUUAAAUUUAAAUACAAAUGAUAAAGAUUGUAAGUCUGAUAUCGAUGUCAAACCCCAGAUGGAUCAAAGUACUAUUAUGUCCACAUUACCGUAUCAACCAGUUGUAAAGUUCAGUUUAAGUGAUGUCGCGCAAAAACCAAUUGGUACUACUCAAUUGAUGCAGAGUAUUAAAUCGGAGGAAGUUUUGCGCACCUGCCAGAAUGUCUCAAAUGUUCUUUUGCAAAUACCAAAAUAUCAAGAAAAGUUAUUGAAUUUCUCAAAUAAUGAACUCAAAUCUGCAUUUUGCUUUACCGACAAGUGCAAUAAUGUGACUGAGAUUUCCGUGAAGUGUGAAUCGGCUGUGUUAAAUGUGCCUGAUCUCAGCAAGUCCUUAGUCAAGCACGAAACUGUGAACGAUAAAUCAUUCUUGAUGCCCGAGAAACCGAAAGAGUUAACAUCGAUGCUGGACCUUGCUGAAAAACGAAGGAAACGUAAACGGGAGAAAACCAUCGGAGCCAGUGUAAGCUCUGAAUCAGAAAGUGAAGAAGAUGUUAAAGAUUCGGAUCUGUGGAUAACUAAAGGGCCGCCUUCUAAGCUUCAAUGUCCUGCCAAGAAACUUUCUUUCCUCGCCAUGUUCGGACUGACCACUCUUAGCACUAGAAAUGAAAUGGAACUUUCCAAGGUGGAAAAACGAUAUAAGCUAAAUCCAGAGCCACCUGUUCCACCAUUGGACUCUGAACCUAUACUUGAAUCUCUAUUACCAAUUCCACGGGAACAUCCUGAUGUGCUUCUUCAAACUCCCGAUUUUGUAGGCAAAGCUGGGUUCCUCAAUAUUCUCGGGCUUGACGUUAUGCCUCCAACCAAGAGAGACGAAGCGGAAGUAAGCUGGCAAUACAUUCUCAAGGAUCGGAAAAAACGGAAAAGUGUCAACACAGUGACAGCUUACUGUGAAAGAAUUGCCAGAGUUUAUUCAAGAAAUCCACCGUUGUUACCAAGACCACCGCAGAAAAUGCGACUACUGGACAGAGUGAAAUCAAAACAUUUACCAGAGCGACCACCACCGUUACCACCUUUGGUUCCAAAUAUAGUACCAAGGUUCCACUCUGUCCUACCCACACCUGGAGAGAAUGGCGUUAAGCAACAUUGCAAAAUACCAGAGAUUUGUCAGGCUGACGAUUCGAUUGAUGAUCAAGAUGACAAGGAUAAAUCGAGGUGGGAUGGUAUCGAAGAUACCAUGAUCGCAUACAUGGAAUAUUCAAAAGAAAAAUCGUUGGAGAGAACAGUCUUAGCUGCGCAAACGGCGAAACUAGCAGCACGGACAAAUAAUCUGAGAUCAGAGGCAAUCCAACUAGAAAGAAGAAGAUACGAUUUAUUGUCCAAUUGCUCCGCCCUUGAGACAGAGAGGCGAUGCCUCAGCGAGCAGAUAGAAAGAAUUAACGCUCUUCUGAGAACCCUGAGGUAGCAAUACGCGACGCACAACACGGAAACUCAUUCAUCUGUGAUAUUAUCGACGGGUUAAGAGAGCCGUUGGUAUCUAAAUAGUUGAAACAACAAACAAUUUUUUAACAAUUUUAGAUAAGUAAAUGUAAGAUUACAUUGACCAAGUGUACAGCAUUUUUUUAGUCUUUUAUCACAGUUUACUUUAUUUGUAAUGAAUUAAAGCUAUACUGGUAGUUUUUCUAAAUCCAGAAAUUUUAGUUAUUCGAUAUUUAGGCAUUCUUUUACAUAGCGAUUGUUACAUGGAGUUUAAACGUGUCUUAACCAUUUCUAAAACAACUCGUAAAAAGAGUCUGAUUAGAAUAUGCUAUUUGAAAGACAUGUUGAAUAUUGUGUAUGAAAUCAGAGGGGACUAGUGUUUAAAGUGUUGUAAGUAAUCAUAUCAAUAUGAUACGAACGUGUAAAAAUGAAGUGUAAAGAAAACGAAUCAAAAUACAAAUUUCUCUUCAAUUAAUAAGGAAGUUUUAGUGUUUCAUAAUUUUUACUGACGGCUCUUUAACCCAAGGUAUAAGAUAAAUAAUUAUAAUUUGUAUAAUAUUUUAUUGAAUAUAGAGAGAACACUCAUGUAACUUAUUUUAUUCUCUGUAAUGUGGACUUGUAUUUAAAUAUUGAAAAGGAUAUUCUAUCAUAUGAUUCGCACGUUUACUGAUUAGUAACAUGUGUAUUGAUAAGAUAAACAUAGAAGAGAAGGAUCUCAAUUUAAUAACUGAAAAAUCGAAGAUAAUUGAUUUUUAAACAAUGCGAAUAUCUUUUAUAUUGAAGUAAAAUUGUUUAUCGAACAUUCGCCAUUUGAUGAACCUCUGAAAGAUACUUCUAAUUUGUUGUAAGUACACCAGUGUCUUCUCGAAACGGUCACUUUUUGUGGUUCAAUAUUUUCCGUAUGUAAUAAUUGAAACGCUAAUAAUUAUUUGGAAUUCGCAUAAUUUUUCGAACACAUGUAUUGCAAUUUGUAUAAACUGUAGACUCAACCAUUGAAUAAGAAUAAUAAGAACCUCCUUCAAUUCUAUGUUGAAUACUUACAAUAAUAAUAAUAAUGUCUGCAAUGGCCAGUGAAUUUCAAAGAAGUGAAAAACGAUGUUGAGGUACUUAACAAAAAACAAGGUUAUAAAAAAAAAUGACUUGACUUUUACCAUAAAAUUGCGUGAGUACAUUCCAUGAAAAUGCUUGUUACCCGCUAAACCUUUAACAUUCCAUGUAUUGAACGGACCUUGAAAAAAUAUGAGUAAACGUGAAAUAACAUUUUUAUUUAAUAUCAUCCAUUUCUUGGCAGACCGUAAUUAUUAUACUUCACCUGGGUCCUAUUUAGUUCUUUCUUUCUUGUUUUCACAUUUUCGAAUAAUUUGGCGUACUGAUUCAAAUCUCUCAUUGUGCUCUCUAAAUUGAUUAUCUCCUUGCUCCGUAUAAUGUAGCAUCAUAUCUACCCGCCUUCCCUGUUAUAACCCGCAAAUCAAUUUUGUCUGUGUUUUCAACGUUUUGUUCAUUGAGUGCCUACAUUUGUAAAUAUCAUUAUUUUUAUGUAUUGUGUAAUAUUAAGGCAUCUGUAGAAAUCUGCAGGUACCUUUCUGGCCAGAACAAGAGCCUAAAAGUAAACUGUUCGAAAACAC